UCGAAUCAGGUCCUGUCCGAAUGACCCCACUUCCUCUGUCCGUCGCUCCUGCGGCUCACACAUGUCAAGCUCCUCCGUCGCCGUGCCAUCACGCCUGAAUGUAUCUCUUUGUAGGUCUUCGUAGGUCUGCGGAGGUCUGCCACGUCUCUUGCCUUCGUCCGCACGCCCGCUAUACCUCGUGGAGUUGACAUGAAGCCCGAGUCGACUUGCAUAGGGCCCCUGUCGGUACGUUUGCACAUUGACGUCGCUGUCGCAACCCGUCUGAUACCCCGUGACACCUCUGCAGUGCGCUCUUCUGGAUGUGAACCAUGGUGCUUGCCCUGGAGUACUUAUGCGUCUCGUCGCUGCCCAGGAUCUUCCGACUUCCGCCUUUCCUCUCUGGCACAAGCUGGCCCCGUGUCCCUGUCCUUGUCGUGGUCCUGCUUCCAGUACUCGCUAGGGCCUGGUACUCCGUCCUUCGCUGCCUACAACUUUCGCCGCGUGCUCUGCCUGUCGGAUCACGGAGGCAUCUACUUCGAGUCUUUCAAGUCGUGGUUCCUUUGCUCGGUGUCGCUAAGCCUCCGGUGUUCGCAGAUCCGCGUAUGGUCAACUACAUGUGGCGCGUCCAGUCUCCCUCAUCCCUCGACCCUGAGCUAGCUCAUCGCCAAACAAGACCAGUUGCUGGAAACCCGCUGAUGCUUGGAUACACGGCGCUUGUCGUAGUGAUUCUGCCCGUGAGUCCUACCUCCGCUUCGGCACCUGGACGGUCGCCUUUCCUCUGCUUUGUGAUCCUGCAAACGCGGGUGGUUGCCUACCAUUGCUCCAUCCAGAUCCCGGAACAGGCCAUAUACGAGACUCCACGUGAACUGCUUGACCAUCCUGCCCUGCAACGUUGAUAUGCUCCCGUGCGACCCCGUCCUGUAGCAUGGGCACUCGUGUCCACUCGCUUGCACGCCCUUCUCUCGCGCGCAUGUCUUCAU